AUGUCAACAUACGACGCUUCACCCCGAUUUUCCAAAGUUGACGCCAUGCCUUCGGAGAAAGAAGGUCUCGGUGGUCCUGCGUCUGACGCACGGCGAGACAGCGAUGUCGAGAAUAUAGCCGGAACCUUCGUGGAGACUCAAGAGCUCAGGCAGGGUUUACACCAACGACACAUUCAGAUGAUUGCCCUGGCGGGUACAAUCGGCACUGGCCUAUUCCUGAGCUCUGGACGAGCCAUUGCCUAUGCCGGUCCGCUCGGUGCCUUCCUGGCAUACCUGAUCAUGGGCAUGGCUGUUUCCAGUGUCGUCUGCGGCGUUGGCGAGAUGGGUGCCCUGGCGCCUCUCAGCGGUGGUGUCAUUCGCUAUGCAGAGCUCUUCUGCGACCCUGCUCUUGCGUUUGCCAACGGGUGGAAUCAAGUCUACUCAUACAUGGUCUCCAUCCCCGCCGAGGUCGUCGCCGCCGCCGUCAUCAUCGAGUACUGGGUCACCGUCAACAGCGCCAUCUGGAUCACCGUGCUUGGCAUCCCCAUGAUUGUCACUUCGCUGCUAGCUGUGCGUAUCUACGGCGAGCUCGAGUUCGGCUUCUCCCUAAUCAAAAUCAUGCUCAUCGUUGGCGUCAAUAUCAUGGCUCUGGUCAUUACCUGCGGCGGCGGUCCAAAGGGUGAGGCCAUCGGCUUCGACUACUGGAAAAGUCCCUACGGGCCCAUGGUUCAGUACCUCGGCAUGGCUGGAUCUCUGGGUCGGUUCUUGGGCUUCUGGAAGACAUUGAACAAUGCGCUCUACGCCUACUCAGGCAUAGAGAACAUCACGCUGGCGGCUGCCGAGACGAAAAACCCUCGUCAAUCCAUCCCCAUGGCUGCCCGGCGCAUCUUCAUCCGUAUCGCGGGCUUCUAUGUCGUGACUAUCUUCAUGAUCGGCUUGGUCGUCCCGUCCACGGACAAGAAGCUGGUACCCUGGACGGGAGACGCGUCCAUGUCGCCCUUUGUCAUUGCUGCACAAAACGCAGGUAUCAAGGUUGUGCCGUCCAUCAUCAAUGCUGUCGUGCUCACUUCGGCUUGGUCGGCAGGUAACUCCAACAUGCUUGGUGGUUCCAGAAUCCUUUACGGAAUGGCAUCUCAAGGCCAAGCCCCGUCCAUCUUCCUGCGUAUCAACAGAUUCGGUAUCCCUUAUGUCGCUGUUUGCCUCUAUGGCCUCUUCAUGGCGCUGGGAUACAUGACCCUGUCCGACUCGGCUAGCACUGUCUUCACCUGGCUGCAGGAUCUCGUCUCUAUCUCUACCCUGGUGAACUGGAUUACCAUCUGCAUCGUCUAUCUGCGCUUCGUCCACGCCUGCAACAAGCAAGGGAUCAAUCGCCAAAAGGAACUCCCCUGGGCCGCUCCUUUCCAGCCUUACACGACCUACGUAUCUCUGGUCUUGUUUGUUGUGCUUUUCUUCACCGGCGGCUUCACGACCUUCAUCCAUGGGCAGUGGGAGACCGAGUCGUUCAUCUCAAACUACUUCAAUUUGCCCUUCACGCUCAUCAUGUAUUUCGGCUAUAAGCUCUGGUUCAAGACCAAGAUCAUCCCUUUGGAAGACGUUCAACUUCGUCCUCUGAUCGAUCGUUACGAGAACGAGCCAAAGGUGGAACCAAAGCCUCGCCGCGGACUUGCAAAACUGAACUUUCUGUGGUCGUGA